AUGCAUCGGUACUUCUUUAAGAAAAGAAGCAGAAAUACACCAUUACCACCACCACUGCCACCAUCAUUUAGAUCGAUUCCUCCUCGACGGUAUUUCUUCAACAAAAGAAGCCAAAAUCCACCACCACCGCCACCACCAUCAUUUGGACCGAUUCUUCCUUGGCGGAAGUUUGUCAAACGAAGAAAAAUUAACCAAGCCAUGUCUUUGUUCCAAAAAGACAUGUUGACCUGGUACUUGCUCACCCUUGUGAUGCGCCAAAAACUACAAACAAGAAACCGGAAACCUGAAGAGACUCGAGAACAAUGGGUCAUUUCGAUAAAAGACAAGAUGCAACAAGCACUUAGAGAAGACGCCACAACUAGCUGGGAAAGGCUAUGUAUCUAUAGAGUUCCACAUUACCUUCAAGAGAACGACAACAAGUCCUACUUCCCUCAGACCGUCUCGCUUGGUCCAUACCACCAAGGCAAGGAACAUCUCCUGCCUAUGGACCGUCACAAGUGGCGAGCAAUCAAUAUGAUCAUGUCACGCACCAAACAAGGCAUCGAAAUGUAUAUUGAUGCUAUGAAAGAGCUUGAGGAGAGGGCUCGUGCUUGCUACGAAGGUCCCAUUGGUUUGAGUAGUAACAAGUUCACGGAAAUGUUGGUUCUUGAUGGUUGUUUUGUUCUUGAACUAUUCAGAGGAGCUGAUGAAGGAUUCUCGGGACUCGGAUAUGAUCGUAAUGAUCCAGUUUUCGCUAUGCGAGGAUCGAUGCAUUCAAUUCAACGUGACAUGGUGAUGCUGGAAAAUCAACUUCCUUUGUUUGUUCUCAACCGGUUAUUAGAGCUACAGCUAGGUCCACGAAACCAACCCGGUUUAGUGGCAAAAUUAGCAGUUCGGUUCUUCGACCCACUAAUGCCAACAGACGAACCGUUGAUCAAAACCGACCAGUCAAAUCUCGAAAACCCGACGGGAAAAGAUAAUUUCUUCAACCCAAUUGCCGACAAGGAUAAGGACGAGUUGCACUGUCUAGAUGUUUUCCGUCGAAGUCUGCUUCGACCAAGUACAAAGCCAGAGCCGAGGUUGUCACGAAGGAGAUGGUCAUGGAAGACACGUGUGGCUGAUAAGCGCCAACAACAACUGAUACAUUGCGUGACGGAGCUAAGAGAGGCCGGUAUAAAAUUCAAGACAAGAAAAACCGACCGGUUUUGGGAUAUAAGAUUCAAAAAUGGUUAUCUAGAGAUACCAAAACUACUUAUCCAUGACGGUACCAAAUCUCUAUUCUCGAAUCUUAUAGCUUUCGAACAGUGCCAUAUCGACUCAAGCAACGACAUAACAUCCUACAUUAUCUUCAUGGAUAAUCUAAUAGAUUCUCCACAAGAUGUUAGCUAUUUACAUUACUGUGGUAUCAUCGAGCACUGGUUAGGAAAUGAUUCUGAAGUUGCGGAUUUGUUCAACCGGCUAUGUCAAGAAGUAGCUUUCGACCCUCAAAAUAGUUAUUUGUCACAAUUGUCGAACAAGGUUGACCGUCACUAUAGCCGAAAAUGGAAUGUUCUGAAAGCGAUCUUGAAACACAAGUACUUCAAUAAUCCUUGGGCAUAUUUCUCUUUCUUUGCUGCACUUCUUCUGAUAUUUACACCUACUUUCUCUCUUCCCUUCUCUCUCUCUCAUUCUCCAGGAAAAAAAAAAAGCUUCAACCAACAAAAGAUGGUGGCUGUCUUCUACAAAGACAUGUUGAGCUGGUACUUACUCACCCUCAAGAUCCGCGAAAAACUUGAAUCCGAGAACCAAGGAUCCGAACCGGUUCAUCAAGAUCAAAACCUCCUCGGUUUACCCGAAGUAGUCACCAGAUCCGAUCAAGACCAAAACAAUCAUAACCACGAGCAGACUCUGUCGGACUCGGAGGCCGGUAAGAUUGAGGUAACCAAAGAGAGCCCUAGAGAUACACGGGACGAUUGGGUGAUCUCAAUCACGGACAAGCUCGAGCAAGCACAUAGAGACGACGACACAACAAUCUGGGGAAAGCUCUGUAUCUACAGAGUUCCAUAUUACUUGCAAGAAAACGACAACAAAUCGUAUUUCCCUCAGACCGUCUCGCUCGGUCCGUACCACCAUGGUAAAAAACGGCUCCGGUCGAUGGACCGUCAUAAAUGGCGUGCGGUGAGUAGAAUCUUGAAACGUACGAACCAAGACAUUAAAAUGUAUAUUGACGCCAUGAGAGAGCUCGAGGAGAAGGCUCGAGCUUGCUAUGAAGGUCCUUUCGGUUUGAACAGUAAUGAAUUUAUCGAAAUGCUUGUUCUUGAUGGUUGUUUCGUGCUUGAGCUCUUCAGAGGAGCCGUUGAAGGAUUCACGGAACUCGGAUAUGCACGUAAUGAUCCGGUUUUUGCGAUGAGAGGAUCGAUGCAUUCAAUUCAACGUGAUAUGAUAAUGCUGGAAAAUCAACUUCCCUUGUUCAUUCUAAACCGGUUAUUAGAGCUACAGCUUGGUUCACGGAGCCAAACCGGUUUAGUGGCGCAAUUAGCAGUUCGGUUCUUUGAUCCACUAAUGCCAACGGACGAGCCGAUGACCAAAACCGACCAGUCAAAACUCGAGAGCUAUUUGGCUGGAGAUAAAGCAUUUGACCCAUUCGCUGACAUGGGCGAGUUACACUGUCUGGAUGUUUUCCGUCGAAGUCUGCUCCGGUCUAGUCCUAAACCGGAGCCAAGGUUAUCAAGAAAGAGAAGGUCUCGUAAUACGCGCGUGGCGGACAAGCGCCGACAACAGCUGAUACACUGCGUGACGGAACUGAGAGAGUCCGGUAUUAAGUUUAGGAGAAGAAAAACCGACCGGUUUUGGGAUAUUCAAUUCAAUAACGGUUAUCUAGAGAUACCGAGGCUGCUUAUUCAUGAUGGUACCAAAUCUCUUUUCUUGAACCUUAUAGCUUUUGAACAGUGCCAUAUCGACUCAAGCAACGACAUAACAUCCUACAUAAUCUUCAUGGACAAUCUAAUAGAUUCUCACGAAGAUGUUAGCUACUUACACUACUGUGGUAUUAUCGAACAUUGGUUAGGGAGUGAUUCUGAGGUUGCGAAUUUGUUCAACAGGUUAUGUGAAGAAGUUGUUUUUGACACCGAAGAUAGUUAUUUGUCUCGGUUAUCAGUUGAGGUUAAUCGUUAUUACAAUCAAAAGUGGAAUGCUUGGAGAGCGACCUUGAAACACAAGUAUUUCAAUAAUCCAUGGGCCAUUAUCUCUUUCUGUGCUGCGUCGAUCAUGUACUCCUAA